AUUAAUAAUAAUACAAAUACAUGUUUUUCGCUGUAAAUUAUUGAUUCCCGCUACUAUAUAAUCAUAUUAUUCAAGUUUUGAGAGAGUUUCAAAAUUUGAAAAAAAAUAUUUUGUUUUGGAAAUUUUUUAAGUGUUUGAAAAUUGAAACUAUGAGGUAUAAUUCGAAUUAUUUGAUGUAUUUUUGCUUGGUUUUAGGAAUAUUUGCCAAUAUCUAUGUUAUAAUCAAAAUAACUCUGGGAUCCAGUCAUAUUUUAGAAUAUUUUCAAAAAAAUUCAAAUUUAUCGCCAAAAUGUGAGAUCAAUGUGAACAACUUGCUAAGUUUUAUUGAAAAUCGACAUUUUUUGGAUUUGGAGCAAAAAAAUUCACAAAAGUCCCAGCCAAACUAUGAAAAAACCUUGCAACUUAUGCUUUUCGCCUUCCCUUCUGGUGGACUAGGAAACAAGCUUUUCGAGAUAAUUUCCCUGCAUGGAAUUGCUACCUCAUUGCAACGAAAAGCAGUGAUAAAUGCUACAAAUCCCAGUUUUAUUGAAACUUUAAACAGGAAUAUUCAACCGUUGUUCCCAAAAUUGGCAGAUCAAUUCACCUUGAGAAUCAUACCGGACUCUUUGGUUACCCACCAGCAAACGAACUGGGGAAGAUGUUGUGUAUACGAUGAUCCCUCGAGAUUUUUGAACCGAUCCGACCAAAACUUGAUUCUAGAUGGACACUACUUCCAGAGUUUCAAAUAUUUCCAUCACAUUCGUCCUCAAGUGCGUGAAUGGUUGGCUCCCAGCAAACUACAAGCGAUGAGAGCCGAAAUUCUGCUCCCAGCAAAGUUUAGGGAUGAUUUUCUAAUCUGCACCCACGUCAGACGGGGAGAUUUCCAGUAUGAUGGACUUCAUCGACCAUCGGAUGCCACGUUUACACGGGCGGCCACUGAUUUUUUGGUGGAUUUGUAUCGAAAAUCUCAUGAACGGGUCAAUGUGGUGGUUUUAGGCAAUGAUAUUCAUUUUGCAUAUACGGUUUUUGAAGAUCGUGUUGCCCAUUUCACUUUUCUUCAAAAACCAGUCAACAAUUCUUAUGACUACAGUUUACCACAAAUUUCUCCAAGUUAUACGGCAAUUCUAACACCAACAUUGACACCAGAAAUCGACUUGGCAUUUUCUAGACUAUUCUGUGACGUCACACUAAUAACUGCGCCAUCUUCUACAUUCGGAUGGUGGUUGUCGUACUUGGCAAAACGAACUGCAACUACAUAUUAUAGGGAUAUUUUGGAGUCAAAAGAUGGGGUUGCUGGUGAAAUGCACCCGGAAGACUUCUACCCGCCGGAAUGGAUAAAGCUGAAAACGGAUCUAAACGGAAAGAUCAGCAAAUAUUGAUUUUUCAGUGAAUUAUUGAUUUUCUUCACGGGUCUCUUAAUUAAAAAUUCAUGUUUGGGAAAAAUAAAUAAAAAUAUUCACGUGUAAACUU